AUGGCUCGCCCGCACACCACCUGCACCCCGCCGCGGAGCCCAAAAAGGACGGCGACGAGAAGCAUUUUCGAUUUCCCUUCAUCUACGACGAGGCCGCCACACAGGAGGAGGUCUUCGAGGAGAGUAUUUUGCAAAUCGCCGAUGAGGCCUUGCUCGGGCGGAAUGUCAGCAUCCUAUGCUAUGGGCCCACCGGCAGUGGCAAGACCUACAGCAUGGUGGGGAGCCAUCGCAGUAAAUUUACUGCGAUGGCGACGCCGUCGUCGAAGUCGAGGCGGCCGAGGUCGGGUGAUCGCUUAG